GGAACAGACACAUGAAUACACAGGUCUGUGCGCCGGCCUGAAGACUGAUAAGAGCAGCAGCUACUGUGGAGAGACACCGGGAAGUUCUUCUAACGGAGGGAGCUCUAUAAUCUGCGUUAUUUAUUUAUUUAUUUAUUUAUUUGUUUGAGUAUUUAUUAUAUUUGUGGCAAAGAUGAACGGAGUGACGAGGAGUCUGUGCACGUUUGAGGACAUCAGAAAUCAAGAACACGGGGAGGGGUGCAGGCGACUGAGGCUCACACUGCACAACCAGAGUCAGGCAGCUCAGACCACAGAGCAGCACAGGGACAAGCCGAUUGGACGUGCGUUUGCAGUGGUGCAGCCGGCCAGCGACAGGACAGCUCUGAACCCCGAACCGGUGAAAUCUACAGAGGAGCAGGUGGAGGUUAUUAAGGUUUAUCUGGAGGCACGCAAACAAGAGCAGCAGAAACACCAGCAGAGCCUGAAGAUGUUGUCUGAUGAAGUUUCACAGAUACAAGAGGUAAGGUAUUGCCUGAAGACACUGAGGGAGCAGAUGGCAGCAAAAAACAAGCCGCACACAAACGGGUGGAAAGUUAGCAUUCCCUUCAAAAGGAGCACCUCGUCUGCACCCAAGGGGGGAGCUAAAUCUGACGGACAGGAAGCAGAUGAAGAAGCAGAGAGAACCAAGCUGAGGGAGGUCAGCAAGCGCCUAUAUGCACAGCUCCAGGAAGCAGAAAAGAAACACCAAGAGGAGAAAGAAAGGCUGCAGGCUGAGGGCAGCAGGCUGAGGGAACACCUGAGCGACCAGGAGGAGAAGUUGAAGACCACAGAGGAAGCCAGCGAGAGAAAAGACAUGCGCAUUGAAGAGCUCCAGAGGCUGCUGGGGGGGAUGGAGCAGGAGAGCGCCAGCCUGCGGGAAACAAUCCGCAGUCGCGAGGAGGAACUCCGCGAACUGCGCAAGAUCAGAGAGGAGGGCCAGAAGGGGGAACAGAGGGCUGAGCAGUUGGAGAAGGAGGUGGCUAUUCUCAAAGAAAAGAUCCACCAUCUGGAUGACAUGCUGAAAAGCCAGCAAAGGAAAGUCAGACACAUGAUUGAACAGCUCCAGAACUCUCGCAUGGUGAUCCAGGAGAGGGACCGCGUGAUCAAAGAGCUGGAAGAGAAAGUGGCUUUCUUGGAGGCCGAGAACCGAGAGAUGCACGACCAGAUGGACUACUUCCUGGGAGGACAAAGGUCUAAUUCCUAUCUUUCAUCGGAGCGCAACCCCCAGAUUGUUUACAGUAAACCAAUCAAGCCAUCCAAGUCAUCUAACAAACCACUCCCUUUCAUCAAAGUCAUCGAGAUCAGAUCAUGAAGCGACGGUGCAAAAGAAAGAUAAAGUAAUUGUGGAGAAAGGGUCAGAACCACCAAACCAAACAGCACCACAUCUGAUCACAUGAAUAUUCGGGAUGUCAGAGCUGGGCUUCCUGGACUGCAACUACAUCAACACUUCCACUAAUGCUUUUAAACACUCUUGAAGGAAACUGUGUGGUGUUUCACACACACACUGAGGCUUGCCGUGUGUGAUGAUGAAUGAGUGUGUAUGUCAGCUUUAAUGUAGAUACAUUAAGUGUACUUAUUCAGCUGAUGUGAAUUUGAAGUUUUACAUGUAAUACUGCAUACUGUAUCCAAGUGUUUCCUAGUCCUGGCCUGUUUUGAUCGCUUUUUUAACCUUUGAGUUUAUGGCUUUGGCAUCAUUGUAUCAAAACAGAACUGUUGAGCAAAGUGCAAGGAUGGCAGACCUUUUGUCAAAAUGGGUUAUGACAUUAUGAAGUCCAUAUACAGUAAUGUAGCAAACAUAGCUAACUAAGCUAAACGUUUUAUGUACAAAUCAUAAACCAGAUGAUCUACAUCCUGCUUCCUUGUUCUCAUUAGUCACUCAUCCAUGACUCCGUUCACUUUGCUGAGUGAAUGGUAUGAUGCAUUAAACGUGUAAAUAUUGACUGUAGCCUAUCGAUACCAUGUGAAGAAAAGAGUUUUUAAGUAAAAAUGUAGUUUUAAAACCCCAAAUAACAAACUGUGAGGGCGCAGAAGGAAGCGUCAUUAUUCUGCAUAUUUGUUGUAAAGCAUUUCAGUUCCCUGUAAUUGUGUAAACAGUCACAGUCUUGUUUUGUACAUAAUAAUAAUGAAUGUGAUUUGAUGUUUUAAUUUCUAACAACUUUCUCCUUUGUAUUUAUUUAUAUUAAAUAAAACCUGUAGACAGAUAGUGUUUUUUUAUGAAGUACAUUCUGAUCUAUUAUCUGUUUGUGGCUUUCAGAAUAAAUUACUGAAAAUAAA